AUGGGCCUCCGCUACAACGAAUACCUGACCGGAGAUAGGAUUCUCGUGUGCAAGGGGUGCAAGGCACACAUGGCAAACCAAAACGAUUUGGUUAGCAGGAAUUUCCGCGGCACCCACGGCCGAGGCCACCUCUUCCGGACGCUCGUCAACGUCCGGGCGUCCCAGCCUGAGACGCGCGACAUGUCGACGGGCAAGCACAUUGUGCGGGAUGUGUUCUGCAUGGGAUGCGACGCCGGCGUCGGCUGGGUCUACGACAAGGCGUGGGAGGAGUCCCAGCGCUACAAGGAGGGCAUGUACAUUCUCGAGAUGGAGCUUGUGACGUGCGUGCGAUCUUAG